AUGAGUAUGCCCAACAUGGAUCUCGAGAAGAUCACCUCCAAGAUCGCGGCUCUUCCGCCCGGAAGCAGCUAUUUCUCCCUCGAAUUCUUCCCCCCGAAAACCGCAAUGGGAAGCUCGAAUCUGCGCGCCCGUCUCGAUCGCAUGUCUCGUGCCCUACGCCCUCUUUUCGUCACGGUAACAUGGGGAGCUGGUGGCUCAACGGCAGAUAAAAGUUUAGAGCUCGCAGAGCUUUGUCAGAGGGAAUUGGGUCUCACGACUUGUCUACAUUUAACAUGCACGAACAUGAGUAAGGAGUUGGUCGAUCGGGCAUUGGAAGACGCAAAGGCGCUGGGAAUACGUAAUAUUCUGGCUUUACGGGGCGAUCCACCGCGAGGAGAGGAGUAUGAUAUGGGGAAGGGCGAGGGCUUUGAGUGGGCGAUUGAUCUGGUCAAAUACAUAAGGAAGCAAUAUGGAGAUUACUUCUGUAUUGGGGUCGCGGCGUAUCCAGAGGGUCACGCUGAUGAGGGACACCCUGAAGGGCAGAGCUUGGAACACGAUAUUCCAUAUUUGGUUGAGAAGACGAAGGCAGGGGCGGAUUUUAUCAUGACUCAAUUGUUCUUUGAUGUCGAGGCCUAUGACAAGUUCGAGACGAGGUUGAGGGAACACGAGAGCGGGGCUUUCAAGACGAUACCAAUUAUUCCUGGGAUGAUGCCAAUUCAGAGUUAUCAGAUGAUUAAGAGGACGACAAAGUUGAGCCAUGCCAAAUUACCGACGAAUAUUGUGGACAGAUUGGACCCUGUUAGAGGGGAUGAUGAGAUGGUUAAGAAGGUCGGAGUGGAUAUUGUGAGCGAGAUCGUUACACACAUCAAAGAAAGACCUUCGCCUUGUCCUAGAGGGUUCCAUUUCUACACACUCAAUCUGGAGAAGGCCGUUUCAUUCAUUCUGGAAAGGACCGAUCUGAUACCAACCAGUCCGGCGGAUGACGAAACUGCAAUCCUCGAAGUGCCUAUGCAUCAUCUUACAGUCAAUGGCUCAGGUAAACAUUCGCGUCGACAUAGCUCGGUUGGUUCAGACCCUCAUAAUCGUGUCAUAAUCAAUGAGCCGAAAGCUCCCUUGUCUGAAUUCGAAACGACAGCUUCAGAAGCGGGUCUUCAUGCUGAAGCAUUAAAUACUCGAGCCAACACGCUGGCGAUCUCCGAAGGCGAAGGCUCUCUCGGUCGUGAAGCAACCUGGGAUGAUUAUCCUAACGGAAGAUGGGGUGACGCUCGAUCUCCUGCAUAUGGUGAAAUAGACGGAUAUGGUGUAUCUCUUCACAUGUCCAUAAAUCAAGCCAUAAAACUCUGGUCAUAUCCCAAAACCACCGACGACAUCACUUCCCUCUUCAUCCGCCACCUCGAAGGCACUGUUGCCGCUCUCCCCUGGAGCGAAGAAGGUCUCAACGAAGAAACCAACACCAUCAAACCACAACUCCUCUCCCUCAACCGCAAAGGCUGGUGGACAGUCGCCUCCCAACCCGCCGUUAACGGCGUCCGCUCCUCGGAUCCAAUCUUCGGCUGGGGCCCCAAAAACGGCUUCGUCUUCCAAAAGGCCUUCGUCGAACUCUUCGUCCCGGCCUCGGAUUGGAAAUCCCUUCACAAAAAGCUCACUUCACCUGAAAUCGCACCCCUCGUCUCUUUUUACGCCAGCAACGCGAAUGGAGAUCUCGUACAAAGUUAUGAUGGGGAAGGCGAGUCCACGAACGCGGUUACCUGGGGCGCCUUUCCGGGUAAGGAAAUCAUCACGCCGACGAUUAUUGAGGAGGUUAGCUUUCGCGCGUGGGCCGAGGAGGCGUUUGGGAUUUGGGACGAGUGGGGUCGGGUCUAUGCGGGCAAGGAGGGCGAGGAUAGUAGGAGGUUGAUUGAGGGGUUUAGGGGAGAUAGGUGGUUGGUUAAUGUUAUUCAUCAUGGAUUUGUGGAGAGGGAGGGUUUGUGGGAGUUUUUGCUUUCUUAA